AUGGCGGAAACAGAAGAAGCGAGAGAGAGAAGUAACAAUACCCUUUUGCUCAUACGGCGAAACUCGCUAGACUUGAACUCAUUCCUGGCCGAGCGCUGGAGGCGGAGCAUGAAAAGCUCGCCUUUGAGGUCCACAAUCUCUUCGUUCAGCUCCUCCGUCGACUUACCCCUAAUCUCCUUCAGCUCCUCAUCUCUUUUAGCCAUCAUCGCCACGGACGAGGCACGGCUGGACGACACGCCGGGCCGGCGCGUGGGGCACAAAUGCGAAAUUCGAACGCCAUUGAAUGGCGAUGAGGUUGAUGACCUAGUGAGGUUCAAUUUGGAAGGUAGACUGAAGCUCGAGAUUGAGAGGCUCGUCAUCCUCAGAUGCGAGAUUUGA